UGUUCACGGACAAGUCACAGAUGGGUGUAUUUUGGUUGCUUUAUUAUCUCCGAAGUCCUCUGUCACGGAUUGUUUGGUGUGUCCCGUGAUGGAACGUUCGGAUUUCGGGUGCUCGUGAGGGAGGAGAAUAUUUCUUGUGUGGGAUUUCGGAGCUUUUUCGGCGCUUGCUGGCUUUCGCAUCACGGACUAGAGUUGUUGUUGUUGUUGUUGUUUUCUUUUCUUUUCUUUUCUCUUUUCACUUCAGGGGUUGUUGGAGUGUCCGUGUGGGUGAAAUGUAACAGCAAGAUCGAUCGAGGUUAGAAUGGUGACGUCGAAGGCACUCGACUGCAAUCCGUGUCUGACCCUCAAUUGUAAAGAUUUUCACUUGCUGGUUUUUGCCACAGCUGCCGGUUGAUCCGGUGGUUGUACACGAGAAUGGUUUUCGUUUAUCACUGACAGACGUUGCAUUUGGAGGUGCUUGAAUUGAUUAGUGACCGACUGGCAGAAUUGUUUUGGAUCGCGAUCAUGGGAGAAAUUAUUCGUUAUUACCAUGGAAUGUAGAAACAAGUUAGUUGUUAGCGCAGCCAACUAAUCAGGAUACCGAAAUGCAUGCAGUACGAUAAAACUGCCAGACUUUUGGUCAGAAAUCGAUUUCAGCCCUUUGCACGCGUUGCAGAAACUGGUACUCACUGUCGAAGUGAUAUAUACGAUAUGGAGGGACAAUUAUUCUUUGUGAGGUUUGAUCGUCGUGGACGAGAAGCAAGAGAUCUCGAAAUGCCGAUUUGAGACAUCAACAGGCCAUUGUUGAUGUUCUGUGGGUGUCCUAGAGAAGGUGUAAUAGAUUCAGUUACCAGCAAUGGAGGAGUUGAACCUUGAAGUCUUCUGUUGGUAUUCGGAGAACAGCCUGAAUACACACCAGAGCUGAUACCACGCCAGGUAUGUUGCGAAUUUCAACCAGUGAGUUCAGUUCAUAUUCUUUUCUCGACGUGUGCAUCCUGUGUGUAGUGGUGGACUUGUUACAGUCGGGUCCCUCAACAACCAUGCCGGAACAAUUCCGAAAGGAUUUCUUUGUACCGGGCAUCUUGAUUUUGUGUUGUCGAAAUAUUGUCUUUGCACCGCUUCCACCGUCAAAAGUUUUAGGAGUAGAGUGCAAGCUGUAGGGCGUUUGGAGUUCGCAAGAUUGGCGAACUGAUUUUAAAUACAUGGAAACUGGUUGCGUGUCAACGAAAUUUUAAUUCUGUCGGAAGUCAUGGCCGCUGCUAUGGUAGCGACUCAGUUUGAUACCAAUUUCAAUUUAGACAAUGGUGAAUGUAGCCCGCAUGAUAGUCAGAUCAAUUCCCUUCGAACGACGUCCUUUGGAAUGCAUCAAAUUUCAGUAGGGAGAAAAUUAGAAGGCCAAAACUCUGCACCGGAAGUACCUAUUCAAAUUAAGCAUUUAAAUUCGAGCGUGGCAAUGUCAAAAUCUGAACGCAAGCCGGUCUACAAUCCGACCGAAUCACCCGAUUUGAGGCCGACACUACAUAAUGAAGGUGGACCGUCAAAUGCUGACCGCAAGUUCCGCAGGUUCAGCUCCCAAAAUUUUGCAGAGUUCUUUGGGACCAGAUCGCACCCAGAAUUAAAAGCUCAGGCGAAGACGGUAAACAAUCAAGCACCCUACGACAAGUUCCGAACGCGUUCCACUCGAUAUGACAGGCAAGGUUCCUCCGCAAGGGUUGAAGGGCAGGAAAGCAUUGCAGAGGCUCCAGAUUUGGGGUCUGAUGAAGACAAAGAAAGUGAUCUUCCAUCGGUCAAGCCUAGUCGCUACUUCGAUGCAUUAGAGGGAGCAGAAUUAGAAGAACUGAAGGAUCACGAGGUUUUAAUAUUACCCAAAGGUGAGCUGUGGCCGUUCUUACUUCGGUUUCCACUGAAUUGUUUCGGAGUUUGUCUUGGCUUGGGCAGCCAGGCCAUACUGUGGAAAAAUCUUCACCUCUCCCCCGAGCUUGAGUUUCUACACAUUCCGAAAGAGAUUAAUAUCUUCUUGUGGAGCAUAGCCCUCUUGGCUCUGCUAGUCAUCUCUAUGACUUAUCUCUUGAAGGUUUUGUUCUAUUUCGAAGCUGUGAGGCGGGAAUACUUUCACCCUGUGCGUGUCAAUUUCUUCUUCGCGCCUUGGAUCGCAGGAAUGUUUUUAGCGAUUGGAGUACCCCCUUCUAUCGCUCAAUCUGUUCAUCCAGCCGUUUUCUGCUGUUUUAUGACACCAAUUUUUAUUCUCGAGCUUAAGCUCUAUGGCCAAUGGUUAUCCGGCGGAAAGAGGAGGCUCUCAAAAGUCGCGAAUCCAUCAACGCACUUGUCGAUUGUCGGAAACUUCGUAGGGUCUCUUCUCGCUGCCAUUGUGAAGUGGAAUGAGCCUGCCAUAUUUUUCUGGUCAGUCGGCCUCGCUCAUUACAUAGUGCUCUUUGUCACACUCUACCAAAGAUUACCUACCAAUGAGAAGCUCCCGAAAGACCUCCACCCAGUGUUCUUCCUCUUCGUGGCUGCUCCAAGCACGGCGAGCGUGGCGUGGUUGUACAUCACGGGUGACUUCGAUUACAUCUCCCGUAUCGUUUUCUCCAUCGCUCUAUUCCUGUACACUUCGCUCGUCGUCCGCAUCAAUUUCUUCCGCGGGAUUCGAUUUACAUUAUCGUGGUGGGCGUACACGUUUCCAAUGACAGGGGCAGCAAUAGCGUCAAUCGAAUACUCCCACGCGGCUUCCUCAUGGAUUACAAAAAUACUCGCCAUCGUCCUCUCCUCGGUGUCCUCCGCAACUGUCUUCACCCUGUUCAUCACAACGCUGCUCCAUACAUUCGUGUGGAAGACUCUGUUUCAGAACGACAGCGUCAUUGCAAUCAAUGCUCGCGGAGUGAAAAACUCUCCGCUGAGAAGCUCUAGAAACAUGCAGCUGCUGGACGGGGAGCUGUUCACGCUGGAGAAUGAACCUCUUCAUCGGAUCGUACUGCAUCACUUGACCCACCUCCUGUCGAAGGACGGAAAAACUUCGUCGACGCAGAAACAACUUCACGUCCACCAUUCGGGACAGGAGUCCAUUUCUACGCCCGAACGAUCGUUCCAUUCGUUCGUUGACGAUUCCCAGAAGCUUGACCCCAUUGCUGCGGUCUAAAUUUUGACAUUUUUCUCUUAUUUUUAUUUGAUGUUGUAAAUAAGUUUUUAUUCAUUAUUAUUUUUUAAAAGAAAAUUUGGUUUGUAUAACCUGAAAAUAUGAACUUAUUAAUGUAAAGAGAAAAAAAAAUUAACCAAUGUCAAGGUUAUAGCUUUGGACAUGAUGUUAUUAUUGACAAAAAACAUGCAAGUGCAUCGGAACUAAUUACAUGAAAUGUAAAUUUUACUUUUUAGUAUAGAAAAUAGAAAUUUUACAACAGGAACGACAAUUGGGUGACAAAACGAUAUACGAGUAAUAAAUAAUUACGAUUUAUUUGUUACUCGUAAGUUUUAGGGGUAUAUUAGGAUCAUAGUUCAAGAAACCAUACAACUAGUUCUAUAGUAUAUAUAUUUUUUAAAUAUUU